CAUCAGUUCGGUUGGAUUUCAUGCAGAUAUCAGCGUCAUGAGUGAGGAUAAAGGUGUUGUUGAAUCAGCUCCGAGAUUGCCGCCCAGAAAAUCCAUACACAAUCCCACCCACACUCCACUGUGGGACCCAGCACACACACUCCAGCACAGGAGCGCAGUCAGAGACUCCGUGAGAGACGGUGGGCAACUCUCAUCACAGUGGACAUCCCCAGCACUGAGAAAUGGACACCAUGAAACUGUACCAGAAGGCCACACAGUGUGUAGAACACGAGCACAACAUAGUCUUCAGUUGUCUCUCCAGGACCUCAUUAGCUGGCUGGCUGUAAAAAAGGCAGAGCUAGAGGAGCCUUGGCCUCUGGGAGGCGAUCUUAAAACCCUACAACAUCAGAGACAACAACACCAGUUCAUCGAGGAGGAGCUAAACUCUAGGACGUCUUUUGUGCACACUGUACUGGAGGCAGCUCAGGACUUCCUCUCACAGCACCCCCUAGUGGAAAGUACCAGCCACUCCACAGAAGUGUGUGUGGAAACAGCCGUGGGGGAGUGUGUGCGGCAUAUUAUGCAAACGGCGGAGGCUCAGUGGCGGAGCAUGUUGCAACACUGCAGUGACCGCAGGAGGCGGCUAGAGGGCACUGUGAGGGGCCUGGAGGAGCUACAACACGGCGUGGAGGAGAUACAGCGAGAUAUAGAGGAAGCUCAAGGAGUCCAGCAGGCCUGGGAACCACUGGGAGAGCUACAAAUAGAAACACUGCAGGACCAUGUGAACGCUAUCAGGUUGUUUGAAGAGGAGUUGAUUCCUGUGAGGGAGGGGCUAAAGCAUUUGAACAUGUUAGCCCACCAGCUGUGCAAUACAGGUGUGUGUCUGACUGAACACGACACAAACAGACUUCACAACCUCAACACGGAUUGGACACUAUUGCAGGAGUGUAUACAGGAGAGAUUGAAAGAGCUGCAGGAAGCACUUACAGACUUUGCCCCCACAUGCCAACAUUUCCUGUCAGGUUCUGUACAGAGUCCAUGGGAAAGAGCCGUAUCCGCCAGCAGCGUGCCCUACUACAUCAAUCACAGUGCACAGAGCACUAGUUGGGAUCACCCACGGAUGAUCCAGCUCUAUCAGUCUAUGGCUGAUCUCAGUGAGAUUAGAUUUUCAGCCUACAGAACAGCAAUGAAGUUGCGACGUGUGCAAAAGGCCUUAAAGUUGGACUGUAUUUCUCUAAGCUCAUUGGUGGCAGAGCUCCAGAGUGAUGUGGGGGUCAUGCAGGGGUCAGAGGUCACAGGCUCAGGGAGCGGGGUUGUGGAGGUUCAGGAGGUUGUUGACUCGUUGACCUCUCUUUAUGAACACAUGGAGCAGGAGAAAGGCAUGAUGGUCGAUAUCCCGCUGUGUGUGGAUAUGUGUCUCAACUGGCUGCUCAGCGUUUAUGACAGUGGCCGUGUUGGGAAGUUGCGUCUGUUGUCCUUGGUCACUGGCCUGGUCUGCUUGUGUGAUGCUGAUGUCAAAGACAAAUGCAAAUAUUUGUUCCAGCAGGUUUGUGGUGCGGAUGGACAGUGCGAUGCUGCCCACCUGAGCUCUUUACUGCAUGAGCUGAUCCAGAUUCCGCAGCAGCUGGGGGAGGCAGCAGCAUUCGGAGGGAACAACGUGGAACCCAGCAUCAACAGCUGCUUCAGAAUGGUCCCAGGGCGUCUCUCAGUAGGUGAGGGUGAUUUUUUAGAUUGGAUCGCUCUGGAGCCUCAGUCUGUCGUGUGGCUACCUGUCCUGCAGCGCGUCAGCCAAUCAGAACACACAAUGCACCACGUCCGCUGUUCAGUCUGCAGGCGCAGCCCCAUCCGCGGGUUCAGGUAUCGUAGCCUGAAGCAGUUCAAUGUGGAUAUCUGCCAGAGCUGCUUCUUGUCGGGACGUGCAUGGCGGGGUAAAACCCUCCACUACCCCAUCAUAGAGUACUACACUAAAAGUACGUCUGGAGAGAAGAUGAGGGCGUUUGCGGAGACGCUGAAGAAUAAGUUUCGCUCUAAACAAUAUUUCAGCAGACACCCUCAGAGAGGAUAUCUACCUGUUCAGUCCACUGUGGGACACGGAGAGGACGACAGUCCCAGCUCUUCUCCUAAGCUGCCACAUUCAGAGUCUAACUCCAGUACUGGGCCCUUUGCCUGCAGACUGGUUGAAAUGGAGAAUCAGAAUUGCUCCUUCUUCAACAACAGCCUCGAUGAGGAGCAGUACCCUCUGCAUUACUAUAGUCCAGUUCUUGAGCCGGAUGCCCUUCCCUGCCCUCACCUGCUCAAACACAACCACGCCUGCACGGAGCGGCCAGUUGCUCUGACCGUUCAACCUGAAUACGGUAACAUCUGCAUGGAAUGGCCAGUCACACCUAACUCAGAGCCUGAGUACACCAACAUCUGCAUGGACGCUCCACACCUGCACAACUGCCACACCUGUGUGAAGCCCCAACUCAGACAGGACCUACUGACUAACAGCCCAGGCCAGCAGAGUCGAGGGCAGCUGCAGCGGACCAUCAUCAUCCUGGAGCAGCAGAACAGGCUCCUGCAGGAGGAGUAUAGGAGGCUACAGUGGCAGCAGGCGGAGGCUGAAGCCCAGAGAUCACCGAGGUCACCCGGAAGUCAGAAAACUACAUUACAAGUGGAAAUGGAGAGGCGCAUGCUCACGCUGGAGGAACACAAGAAGCAGCUGGAGAGCCAAAUACAGCAACUCAGAACAUUACUGGUACAGGCCAGAGAUGACUCUGAAAACAGCAUUUCUACAGGAAGCUCCGCCUCCACCAGCUCGCAUGGGCCCCGCCUACCACACCUGCACAUUCAGCCCAGCUCGGAACCAACAGGUGAACGUGUUCAGGAAGACAUCCAGGGACAAACAGCUGACCACCUGCAACAGGUCAUCGAACAACUGAGGAAUGUCUUUCCCUUGGAGAGCGACAGCACUACUGCUCUGUAAACCACAGAACUGACACCGAACGUGGGCCGAUGCCAUCAUCAUAUUAGCACGAACAUUAUGGGCGACUGCAAACAUGGAGUGGACAGUCCAAA